AUGUUGGAAUUUUAUCCUCCAGCACCUGGUUCUUUUAAUCGUCAAAGCGAACCGGGCCAACCCUUGCCGACGGUUCCGCCUAUUCCCUUUCGGCCCACAACUGAUAAUAAUAAUGCAGAACCAUCCGUUUCGGUGAAGACGGAGUCCGGCCUCCUCGAGACUAUCUGCGCCGGCUGCGGUCGCACCAUCGCCGACAAGUACGUGAUGCGGGUCGGCGAGAGGAAUUACCACGAGGAGUGUCUCUUGUGCACGGCAUGUGGCGCGAUGCUGUCGCACUCGUGUUUCAUACGCGACCUCAAGCUCUACUGCCGUUCUGAUUACGAAAGGAUCUUCGGGGUGAAGUGCGCGCGGUGCAUGGAGAAGAUCAGCUGCUCGGAUCUGGUGAUGCGGCCGGUAUCGGGCCUGAUCUUCCACGUGGAAUGCUUCGCGUGUUGCAUGUGCGGCCAGCCGUUGCCACGGGGCGCUCACUACAUCCUCAGACAGGGCCAGCCGAUCUGCAGACGAGACUUCGAACACGAGCUGUUUCUAAAUAGUCCGCAAGAUGAUGACUUAUUGGACGAGAAUCGACCACGGGAUGGCCGUCGGGGUCCAAAACGGCCGCGGACGAUCCUUACGUCGGCACAGCGACGUCAGUUCAAGGCGUCGUUCGAGGUGUCUCCCAAGCCUUGCAGGAAAGUUCGCGAAGCACUCGCUAAGGACACUGGCCUUAGCGUGCGCGUGGUUCAAGUGUGGUUCCAGAAUCAGCGCGCGAAGAUGAAGAAACUCCAGCGGAAGGCCAAAACGGAGCCCGGAUCCGAUAAAGAGCCAAAGGAGGAGCGAAGGACGGAAAGUCCACACAGCGAUCACAGUCAUUACUUGAACGCCCUGAACAUGCGCGAUGGGGAAUCUUCUAGCUUCCCCUCAGCCACCCAACCGCUCAACCCCAAUAACCCGUACUCGCCCGACGACGCAUACCCGGGCCACUCGGGGGAGAGCUUCUGUAGCAGCGAUCUGUCCCUGGACGGUACAGACGGCGGCUUUGACAUCGGCGAGAACGAUGGCGGCGGCGCGGACGGUAGUCAUCAGGGUGCCUCGCAUUCUCACCAUGGCUCAUCAUCGCACGACACCCCGUCGCUGUCGCAGAGUCUGCACGCGGCCAUCAACAAUCCCAUCGACAAAUUGUUCAUGAUGCAAAGUAGUUACUUCAGCGGCGAUCACGCGUAA